CAGCACCAGGACUAUCCCCACAGAACCGGCGGUCAAUGAGAACUUUAACGGGACCGGAUCGGAUGACGCCUCCGCUCCGCCGUCACCAUGGCAACAGAGGGUCCAAUUACCUCCCGGACGGGUCAGAGGUGUCCCGUAAAGUGGGACAGACGGCUCACUGUCUCGGUCCCGACCGGAACCGAACUUUGGACCGGCGGCUCUGUGGAGCUGCGGUUCCGAUGAGUGAACGUUUUCAGAUGAUGAUGAUGAUGAUGAUGAUGAUCAUGUCUGUUUUUCUUGGUUCUGUUUAAUUUGAGGUUCGAUCAGAACCUCACAACCUUUGUGGGGUCAAAGGUUGUCGGUUUCAAACGUUUUGGAAGCCAGAAACGGUUCUGGUUCUGAACUGCAGGUGGUCGGAACCAGAAGCCCUGAACUGUGACGUCCCUGCUCGGCCAGCAGAGGGAGCUGUUACGUCAUUCGUUGAAUCUGUCUCGCAUGAAUCACGUGAUCAUGUCAGAGCCACGCCUCUCCAGCAGGUCCGGAUUCGGUCCAGACGGACGGAGCCGGAGCAGCAGAACUUUAGUCCUUCAUCAUGAGGGUUUUCCUCCUCUCCCUGCUGGUCCGGUUCGGAUGCGGCGCUCAGCUACAGUCGGAGAUGUACGGCAGCUUGGAGUCUCCAAACUUCCCCGACCCGUAUCCCACAGACACCGAGCGGAACUGGACCAUCAGCGUUCCGGACGGAUUCCGGAUCACGUUGUUCUUCAGCCACUUUGACCUGGAGCCGUCCUACCUGUGCCAGUAUGACUUCGUCAAGGUGAAGGUGGACGGAGAAGCGCUGGCUCUGUUCUGUGGGAAGGAGGAGACGGACACCGAGGCGGUACCGGCCCAGCGGGUCAUCACCUCCCCCAGAAACUCGCUCAGCGUCCAGUUUGUGUCGGACUUCUCCAACGAGGAGCAGUUCUCCGGAUUCGUGGCUCAUUAUAGCGCAGUGGAUAUAGACGAGUGCAGCGAACAUGGCGACAAGGAUCUGCUCUGCGAUCAUUUCUGCCAUAAUUUCAUCGGGGGAUACUACUGCUCCUGUCGCUAUGGUUACCAGCUGCACACAGACAACCACACCUGCAGAGUGGACUGCAGCGGUGCCGUGUUCAGGGAACGCUCCGGCGUUCUGAGCAGCGUUAACUUUCCGGGUCCGUAUCCGAAGAGCUCUGACUGCUGGUACCGCAUCGAGCUGGAGGCUGGGUUCAGGGUCCAGAUGAACUUUGACCCCCGCUUUGACGUGGAGAGCCACCCAGACAUCAGCUGUCCCUACGACCACCUGAAGAUCCAAGCAGGAAGCAGAGAGUUCGGCCCGUUCUGUGGCGCUCAGUCUCCAGGAAUCAUCUGGACCGACAGCAACGUCGUCUCCAUCCGAUUCCACAGCGACGAUUCUGGAGAAAACCUCGGCUGGAGGCUGAGCUACAGCGCCACAGGAAGUCAGUGUCCAGUACCUGAGGUUCCGCCCAACGCGGUGAUGGUUCCGAUCCAAACAGAAUACUCCUUCAAGGACCAUGUGGUGUUCAGCUGUCAGCAGGGGUUCCUCCUGGUCCAGGACGGUGGGACGUCGGAUCGUCUCCAGCUGGAAUGCCAGGCUGACGGCUCGUGGAGCGGCCGUCCUCCUCACUGUGACAUGGUGGAUUGUGGGAUUCCUAAGAAAGUUGCUGGAGCUGUUGUGAUGUUUGGUCGCCAUGACAACAGCACGCUGUUUGGAGCGACGGUUCAUUAUGUCUGUGGAGACGACGGCGUCCAGCUGAGCAGCACUUCGUUCAGGUGUGGCCCUGCAGGUGAGUGGCUGGAUGCUGAUGGAGGAACAGAACUUCCUGUCUGUCUGCCAGCCUGCGGCCUGCCGUCUCGUUCUCUCCCCCACCAGGUGAAGCGGAUCGUGGGCGGUCGGAGCGCUGAGCCCGGUUUCUUCCCCUGGCAGGUUCUGCUCAGUGUGGAGGACCUGUCCCGGGUCCCUGAGGACCGCUGGUUUGGCUCCGGGGCCCUGCUGUCUCAGUCCUGGAUCCUGACCGCUGCCCACAUCCUGCGGUCCCAGAGGAGAGACGCCACCGUCGUCCCGGUGAUCCCGCGUCACGUGAAGGUUUUCCUCGGCCUCCACAGCCUGAGAGACAAACAGAUGUCCGUCGGCCGCUCCGUCGAUCAGAUCGUCCUCCAUCCGGACUUUCAGCCCGACAACUACGACAACGACAUCGCCCUGCUGAAGCUGAGCGAGGAGGCGGAGUUUAACCGGCUGGUCCGUCCCGUCUGCCUGCCGCCGGCUCACCGACCGGACCGUCCGUCCUCCCUCCUCCCCAACUCUUUGGGUGUAGUUGCUGGGUGGGGCAUCUCCAACGCUUCCGCCACCCCGUCUGCGAUGGCCUCUGACCUCUUGCAAUACGUGAAGCUGCCAGUGGUCCCUCAGGACGAAUGUCAGGCCAGCUACGCUUCCCGCUCCGUCCGCUACAACAUCACAGACAACAUGUUUUGCGCGGGUUUCUUCCAGGGCGGGCGGGACACCUGCCUGGGCGACAGCGGGGGGGCGUUCGUGAUGCAGGCGGGGUGGAGGUGGGCCGUGUUCGGCCUGGUGUCCUGGGCCGGGCCCGAGCACUGCGGCAGUCAGAGGGUGUACGGCGUCUACACCCGGGUGGAGAAAUACCUGGACUGGAUUCAGAGCCGUGUUCAGGCUGCCCCCUGGUGGUGAGGAAGAGAUGCUGCAACGCGCAGAAUCUGAUCAAUCAGCAGAUUGAUCAGGAAUUUUCAUGAUCAAUCUAACAGUUCACAGUUAGUUACUUUUAUACGACACUUUUUAGAAACUGUAGAGAGAAACUUUACAUUAACAUCAGAUCAUUUUACUUCUGUUGUUGUUUCCUCUGGUUUAUUUUGUUUGUAUUUCCUGUUAAAUCCUAUAAAACACUUUUUAUUGGCUUGUUGCUGAAAAUGUGCUAUAUCAUGAAAAUGAUCUUUAAUCUGAUUCCAAGGGAAAAAAAUAAUUAUUUUACUUUUAGGUUGUUUUAGUAAAAUAAUCCAAACUGAGCAUUAAAGACCACAAAGACUUUACAGGGUUAUUUUUUUCAACACACUCCAUGAACAGUAAACGCUUUAUCACUCAUUUUUUAUCUACAGGUUGUGUUUUGAUUUACCAGCCAACAUUUAUAUAAAUAAAUGUCAAAUAUCCUGAA